AUGAGGAGAAGCACCUUCUUUCCCCACAAGCCUGUCUUAACCGAGAAAACUCUCGCCGACCAACAUGGCAAGGUCUUCCUGGUCACCGGAGGGUCCGGUGGUCUCGGUAAAGAGCUUAUCAACAUCCUGUAUCAACAAAAUGCCAAGAUCUACGUUGCCGCUAGAUCGGAGCCAAAGACCAAGGAGAUUAUCAGAGAGAUUCAGCGGGCGCAUCCCUCCUCCUGCGGAGAACUCAUUUUCCUCCGACUCCAGCUCGACGAUCUCUCUACGAUCAAGCAAUCGGCGGAGGAAUUCCUAGCUAAGGAAAAUCGCCUUCAUGUGCUGUGGAACAACGCGGGCGUAAUGGUUCCGCCGCAAGGAUCGAAAACCGUUCAAGGAUACGAGCUACAGCUGGGUACCAAUAACCUUGGGCAUUUCCUUUUCACGCAAUUUCUUCGGCCGGUGCUGGCUGAAACAGCCAAGACUGCGCCGAAGAAUUCGGUGCGUGUAGUCUGGGUGUCAUCGAGCGCGGCGGAUAAUGCUCCUCACCCCGCUAUUGACUUUUCGAAUAUGGACUACCAUGUUGAGGAGGGGAUAUGGUCCAAGUACUCGCGAAGCAAAGCGGGGAAUGUGUUGCACUCUACAGAGUUUGCUAGAAGGACCGCCGGUGAGGGUAUUAUUAGUGUGGCACUCAACCCAGGAAAUUUUGUGACCAACCUGCAGCAAAACAUGCCCAAGAUGCAGCUUGCAAUGUUUAAAAUGAUCUCGCACGACCCCAUUAAUGGGGCAUACACUGAACUCUUUGCGGGUCUACACCCAUCAAUUACGGAGAAGAACAAUGGUGGUUGGGUUUCUCCGUUUGGUAGGAUCGAACCAGCUCGCAAGGAUCUCUUGGAUCCGCAUCUUGGAAGGAAGUAUUGGGAGUGGUCGGAGUCUCAAGUUAAGCCGUACAUGUAG